AUGAGAAUGCAUUCUCCACUGGACUCUGCGACAACAAGCGCAACUUCGCCUUUACGACCAACCCACAAGCAGUCUACCAGAGGUCCUCUGGCUCCUAGAUCAUCCAACUACCACACAUCGCCCGCUGUCAAAUCUAUGCUCAUUGAACCAAAGGACUCUCAAGGUGCUCCCUGGCAGUCCAAGGUCACUGUUGAGGCCGAACAGAUGCCUACAUCAGCCAAGUCGACCACAAGGGCACAAUUUAUGCCGCAACGCCAUGUAGAGUACAGUCAGGUUCCCGAUCUCUGUCCCGUCUCUCAGUCUGGCGACCACCCUGGAAUUGAUUACUCUUUAUCAGAAAUCGACUUUGUCGACAUUCCAUUCAAGGACGCUCCUGCUCCAGCAGCUGUCGACUCUCUGUCAUCUGAGCCAAUGUGUUCAUUCGCAGAUCGCAGAACACCUCCGAGUGCGCGCAUUGGAUCAUCCAGAAGACAUUUCAGAAGCAGUGCCAAAUUCGCAUCAGCUCGCGUAGAGCCGACUGCUGCAGAUGAACCUCGGUUUGAACAAGACGACGACGAGGAAGAGGAUGUACUUGGCGCUUGUGCUCCUGGCGAUGCAACAAUGCUCGAGAGCGAGGAAUUCAGCAUGAUCUCGGUCGAUUCCUUACCUAGCCGAGCCAUUAGCCAUUCUUCGCCUUCGCAUGCUCUGCAGGCUACCGAGGGCGAUGCCUCCGCCAAUCGCUCAUACAUGCCCUCAUCUCCUCCUGUUGCCGACAGGAUUACCCCCAUGCCUGAGAAUUCGACCCCAGAGAACCCCGGAGCGCCACAGCCUUCGCAAAACAACGACGCCGAUAUUGCUACACCUUUGAGAGAAAGCGCGCGCAAGUCGGGAAGGGCGUUACAAGACGCUUUGAAUGGUCCGUUCCGCGAAUCCGUGUCUAGAGAACUACCUUCAGCUCGAGAAUCUAUCUUCAGUGGCUUUAGCUCUGGUACCAGACGCCAGCUGCGCCAGAGUCUCCACACCGGCCAGAGUCUAGCUACACCGACCGCUAUGCAGAACGCGCCCCGAUUUUCACCUACUAUCAACACCAUGCCAAACUAUCUAUCCCCGUUUCACAGCCCAGUGCGACAGCAAGAGACCUUUGAUUCGCUUCCUAGCCGUCUUGUCAGUCCUGAAACAGUCGGUCAAUCACGGUCUACUGCCGACGUCCAACCUAAAGCCAGCGUCGAGUAUCCCGAACUUGCUCAAGCAUCCAGAAAGAGCGGUCCAGUCCACGAGGAGCCCGAGAUGAGUUACGUCGAUGUCUCAAGGCCAUCAGCCACCCAUAUGCAGAGCCCACCACGCUCCUCGCCAGCUUCCGGACAUGAUGGAGCUGAGCACUCUGUGGAAGAUGCAGCCUUGCAAGACGUAGACGAGGAGGACAAAGACAUCUGGCAAGAGGAAGCUAGCCGUUCCGUCAACGAGGCAGAAGGCUCUCCUGAACAGACUGAUCUGUUUCUGGAUGACCUGGUCGUCAAGCCACGCAGGAAUAAGCUACCUGGUACUUGGCGUCGCAACUCAGGAACAGCCUUCUCGUACAGUGAUUCACCUGAGUCUCAAGAACGCCAGAAUCGCAAAGCAAGUGCCUCUACCAAGGGCUCUUCCAGAAAGAGCAGUGGCGUUAUGACACCACCAUCAUCUGAUGAUGGCAGCGUUGCUAGCGGAAAGAAGCUGAGUGAACGAGCUGACUCUUCCGCUAAAACUGCGACGGACGAAGACCACAGUCAGUCCGAGUCUGGUGAUGAUACAGGUGUGUUCUUCCAGAAGAAUCUUCCCUCGGUGUACAACUCGAGAACAACCAAACAAAUCGCAGACUCGGCAAAGAGUAGUUUUGCGCCCAGCAGCCCGCUUAGAAACACUGUCCUGGACAUCAGUCCCAUGAAGAAUGUCCAGAAUAUCGAAAGCGGUUCACGAUCAAAUCUCUCCGCUGGACCGUCACCACUUCGUCGAAGCCUGGUCGGCACUCAAGCGACACGACGAGGUGAUGAAGUCGACACUUCGGAGACACAGACAGACUCUAGCCUGGCUUCAGAUGCGCAACAGAUACAAAGAGAGAUGAGAGGAAAGUCUAGCAGAGCUGCAAGCACGAUCUCUAGUCUGACAUCUGGAAGCCAGAUGAGAGGGUCGAGGCGAGCACCAAGUGCAAAUACUAUUGACCUCACUAUCAGUAGCUCGUCUGAGCAUGAUGUUUCGACAAUAUCCUCGAGAUCAACAAGCUAUCAGGAAGACCUGAACUUGGAGUCACCCAUGCGUGUCAAGGUCAACUUCAACGAUGACGCUGGUAACUCGACUCUCCUGGAGCCCAAAAGACAAUAUCUUGCUUUGUUUGACAAUGUUUCAACAUUAUCGAAACCUGCGCACGAGUCUCAUGAGAACUCAGAACCCAAGUCCCCGCUGGCGAAGCUCACUGAAUCUUUUUGGGAGGCUGUAACCAAGCCUCCAGUGUAUGCAUCACCGGAACGCAAGCCUCAAGUUGUGCUAGAAGCGGCUCCAAUUGCCACCGUACCCGAUCACGUACUGCGUUUGCGUCGCAAGUAUGGUCUGCUGCCGGAUACCCAUCCUUUCAUAUACGCACAUAUCCGCACACUGCAUCGCAUGCUGAACUCUACACGGUCCCGUUCUGGCAAUAGUAUUGUACCUCAAAGUGGACCUCUGAGUCACGGUCUAUCACGUCUACUCGGCAAGUCCAAAACCAACGCACUUGACCAGCGGUUCGUAUGGACGCAAACACAUCUGCACGUUGUUGACUCAUUCAUGUCGCUACUUCUACCACAAGAAAAGCGGGAUCGCCUGCAAUACGAUACAGGUUCUUGGGGCGAUGCUGAAGCGCUCAGACACCGUGGACGCGACUCGAAAGGCAGAUAUGGAGAUGAAGUCGUGUUCAAUGGCGUCAAGGGCGGUCUGAUCGAGGCAUCUUGGGUUGCAGAUGUGCUUGUUGAUAUCGUGUUCAAGGAGGAGAUGAACGCCAAGAAGAAGAGGGUGGCUGAGAUGAUGGCCCGCGCUGAGAGCAUGGCGGUGUAA